AUGCCCUCGGUCAGCACAUCCUCGACAUCGCACCAACGUCCACGCGAAAUGAAGCGCCUCAUAACAUCCCUCCGCAAGGCCCCAACUCCACUCUCAUCACCACUGCCACCCUCCCCACCCCCGACCCCCUGCCCCUGGCUCUGGCGCUGCCACUCCUGCUACACAAUCUACCGCCUCGCCGUGACCCGGCGCUGCCUCGACUGCGACCACACCUUCUGCCUGGGCGAGCCCGCCUCCCCGCCAAAGGGCAAGAAGCGCAAGCGCGGCGGGCCGUGCAAGGCCGAGUUCGACUACACGGGCUGGAAGGCCCGGGGCUCGUGGCGCCGGACGGUGCUGCUGAACGGUGACGCGGCCGGCACCGCCACAGGCCUCGUCGCCAAGAAGAAUGAACAGAACUGGGGCAACGAGCACAGGGCAGCCACCGAGGCCAUAGGCGACGAGGCCCGCUUCGAGGACAAGCGCGAGCGCCUGUUCCUGCGCAGGCGGCACAGCUGCUUCGUCCACUGCGACUUCCCCAGCGAGUGCCACCACUCGCUGUUCCGCGCGCAGCAGGAGGGACGCCCGAUCCUCCGCGAGGCCGAGGCGCUGGACGCCGCUGAGGCCGCUGCGCUGGAGGAGGCGGAGGCGGAGGAGCGCGAGAGGGAGGGCAAGCGGUGGACCAGGCGGCUCACGGUGCAGGAGUACAAGCAGCGGCGGGCCGAGAGGCGCAGGAAGUCGAAGUCGGCGGCGGUGGUGUGCAUGUCCGAUGCGGAUCUCUCGACCGUGACUGAGGAGGAUGACGACGACGACAACGACAACGACAACGUAUCACCGUGCUCGCCCACGUCUCCCGACCCGCCGGGCGAUCUCAUGCGCGAUGUGUCGCCCGUCGAGUACGACGAGGACAACGAGCAGCCGCUCUCCCCGAGCGGCCGGCGCAGGGCCUCGCUGCUCGCGACGACGGACACGCCGGUCGACUUCGCGACCACCGCGGCACCGCUCAGCUUUGACGAUACCUACAGCGACGACGAGGAGGAGUACGGCGGCUGCGACGAGCCCGGGGCGCACAACGAGGACCAGCGGCACCGCGCCAAGUCCCGCCGCAAGAUCGCCCAGCUCACGGGCGAGGGGCUCGAGUCCUUUGGGCCCUUCAUCCUGGACACUUCCGCGCCGUCGCCAACAUCACCGCCGGCGGCAGCAGCAACAACCACGAUGCACGUGGACAGGUCUGGUAACAACCCCACAGCCCUCGACCUCCAGGCCGCGUGGAGCGAGCAGGCCUGGUUCAGCUCGUCGUCAACCCGGGAGCCGCUUUCCCCCAAGAGCCCCGAGCGCGUGGGCAAGAGAGAUAGGAUGCUCGCCCUGCUGGGGCGGCGGGGCAGCGGAGGGGACGCGUCCAGCCCGCGACAGCCUGCGCAGGAGAUUCACCAGCCCCGCCAACAGCACCACGCCGACGCGACAGCAGUGGCGGGCGAGGAAUGGGAAUCCUGGUCCGACUCGUCCUCGUCCUCGUCCUCAUCCGCCUCCUCAGGGGCCUCACUGCUCUUGUCGUCGGGCACCGAAGGACACAGGGGAGUCAUGCCAGGGCCGACGAUCGUGGACGACGACGACACCGACGAUGACGGGGACGUCCCCAUGCGCGAUGCCACUGCCCAGUCCCCGCCGCCGACCAAGGACGUCGACGACGAGGACAUGGCCCCCCCGAUGACUCGCACAGGCGGCCAUGGCGUGGGCGCGAGGGGUGACGAGGCGCGUGACCUCAGGGCGCUGCUCAGGAUGAGGAACGCUUUCAUGAGGGGUGAGAUGAUAUGA